GGCGGCGCGACCCGGGGGGCGGGCUCUGGGCGCGGGAAUCCCAGCGGAUUCCGGACAGGCGGAUGACCCCCAGCCCUACCCUUGGUGCCGCCUCCUCCUCUCUCCUUUCUCCUCCUGCAGCCAGCGCACCUGUGUCCUCUCUAGGAAGGGGUGGGGAGGGGCGUCUGGAGAGGACCCCCGCGAAUGUCCGCGUGACGGGCAGUCCGCCUGGGGCUGUUCCGGCCUGCGGGGAACAUGGGCGUGCUCAGGGUCGGACUGUGCCCUGGCCUUACCCAGGAGAUGAUCCAGCUUCUCAGGAGCCGCAGAAUCAAGACAGUGGUGGACCUGGUUUCUGCAGACCUGGAGGAGGUAGCUCAGAAAUGCGGCUUGUCUUACAAGACAUGGAGGGCGCACUCAAGUGGUAACCUGGGAGGAUUACAGCUGCCUCAGGUCCCCGCAGGGAGAUCGUGGAGUGGGGCCAGGAAUGCUCUGAAGAAGGCAGGACUUGGGCAUGGAGGAACAGAUGGACUUUUGCUGAAUGCUUUCUGUGAACGAGGCACUGCAUUCAGCACUUCACGCCUUGAUAAACUGCUUGAUGCUGGUCUCUAUACUGGAGAAGUGACUGAAAUUGUAGGAGGCCCAGGUAGCGGCAAAACUCAGGUAUGUCUUUGUGUGGCAGCAAAUGUGGCCCAUGGCCUGCAGCAAAACGUCCUAUAUGUAGAUUCCAAUGGAGGGCUGACAGCUUCCCGCCUCCUCCAGCUGCUUCAGGCUAAAACGCAGGAUGAGGAGAAACAGGCAGAAGCUCUCCAGAGGAUCCAGGUGGUGCAUGCGUUUGACAUCUUCCAGAUGCUGGAUGUGCUGCAGGAGCUCCGAGCCACUGUGGCCCAGCAGGUGACUGGUUCUUCAGGAACUGUGAAGGUGGUGGUUGUGGACUCGGUCACUGCGGUGGUCUCCCCACUUCUGGGAGGUCAGCAGAGGGAAGGCUUGGCCUUGAUGAUGCAGCUGGCCCAAGAGCUGAAGACCCUGGCCCUGGACCUUGGCAUGGCAGUGGUGGUGACCAACCACAUAACUCGAGACAGGGACAGUGGGAGGCUCAAACCUGCCCUUGGACGCUCCUGGAGCUUUGUGCCCAGGACUCGGAUCCUCCUGGACACCAACGAGGGAGCAGGAGCAUCAGGUGGCCGGCGCAUGGCGUGUCUGACCAAAUCUUCCCGACAGCCAACAGGUUUCCAGGAGAUGGUAGACAUUGGGACCUGGGGGACCUCAGAGCAGAGCGCCACGUUACAGGGUGAUCAGACAUGACCUGUGCUGUUGUUUGGGAAACAGGGAAGCAUUGGGGACCCCUCCCAACUUUUCUUCCCGGUAAUGCCUGCUGUUUACUGUCACCUGGCACUGGUGACUACAGAUGUUCUCAGGCUGGCCAGAAGAGACAUCUUGGGUUCCUUGGCCUCACUCUCUGUAAGCAUAUAAACCACAGGCGAAAGAGGAUGCUGCAUUGCGAGGACCCAGAAAUUCAUACUGGUGCCAUGUUUCCUUCCCUUAUUUCUAACAUGUAUGUUUCCGGUGGAAACCAAGUUCACCCUGGCUGGGAGCAUCUCUGAAGAGGCAUGCUGGCGACUGGAUGGAUAGCCCUGUGCAUCACCAUUGUGUCCUGUGCUCCCUCCUAGCACAGUGGCCAAGCCGGGAAAGCCUCUAACUUGCCUUUGCUGCUGCUGCUGCUGCUUUUUUUUUUUUUGUCUCUGCCUUUCCAUUUGUUAGAUGGGGGCCCACUCUUCCUUAGCUCUGUCUCUGAGUUACUGGGUGGAAAUAAGCUUAUAAAUGAAAUACUCUUCUUCAUCUCUGUUUUGCUCUUAAAAAUAUAAAAAGGCAAUUCCCCCAGCCCUAGAGCCACCUGAUUUCCCCUUAGAAGGCUGUUUUUCAGUUUCCCCCAGUGAGGCCCAAAGAACAGUUUAUUCCUCCUUUCCUCUUGCUGAUUUGGUUUCAGACCUGCCUGCAUCACCAUGACUAGGUGAGAACGUGUGGGCUCACUGCAGUCCCAGGGAUAUAAUUUAACAGAAAGGGAGGAUAUGACCUGUUCCUGGUGAAUCCAGCCACUCGUUUAAUAUGCAUGGUGCCCUGUGGGGCCCCUCCACAGUACAGCGUAACCAGAGGUGCUGAACCAUGGCCUUGCCCAUAAACAGACAGAGGAGAAUUUGCACAGUAAAUAGAGCCAGCUGGGAAAAUUGAUGCUGACGUAAAUAAUACAUGGCAAAUCUAGUCCUUUAUGCAGAAAUUCAUUGCUGGUGGCUCCAAGAUGCAAUAUAAUUACACCUCUCUUCCUGCCAGCUGUACCACAGCUAGUUCCCUAGUGUAUGAAAUAAUCCCCCUGUCUUUCACCAGCACUGUGGCCAUCGGUCUGAGAGCCAUGACCCUGGCUGGGAGGGGAGGAAGACACCAGGGAAUGGAAAAUAAAAGGAAAAGUAGAGAAAUGAUCAGGAUUGUUUACUGGCCACAUCUUUUAAAGGAAGGUCGUCUUUCUUGGUUAGAGAGCCUGUUGUGAAAUUAAUCAGUUAUGUCUUGGCUGCAGGAAAGGAGUGUCAGAAUUACACUCAGAAAGUAAUGACAUUUAGAGGUGAUGAAUGCAGCAGGGAUAGAACCAUGGAGGAUUGGGAAGGAAUGGCAAACUGGCACCAGGGUGUUGGAUUGAGGACAGGGUUGGUAAGCCUAAGCCUGGGGGAACCCUAGUGCUUGCUUUCACAGAAGACCCCAGGAGAAAUUAAUCUUCAGUAUCUUUAUACCAUGAGUGAUUGGCACAUUCCUGCAACCACAGUAAGAUGCAAUACAUGAAGCUGGAAAUUGCAAAUUCCUGCCACUCAAGGUACUAUUUGGGCAUCUUAAGCCCACAGCAGACAUCACCAAUUGGGCACAAGCACUCUUUUUUGUGGAAGUCAAAGUGUUUUUAGAAGUUUUUCUCAAUACAACACUCCAGGUAGCCACUACCAGUCAGUUGGAGUUGGUAUUCAAGGUGGAGUCUGGUUGCCAUCUCUGCCCUGUUCCCCUUAUGUAGUGAGUUCAGGUACUUAAUACCUAACUGAGGACCCUAGGACUGCAGUUUGAGAUCAUCUGGGGCUAGGCACAGUGGCUCACACCUAUAAUGGAGCACUUUGGGAGCCUGAGGCAGGAGGAUCACUUGAGCCCAGGAGUUUAAGAGUUUAAAAUCAGCCUGGGCAACAUGAUGAGACAUCGUUUCUAUAAAAAUUUGUUUUUUUUUUUUGAGACGGAGUCUCGCUCUCUCACCCAGGCUGGAGUGCAGUGGCGCGAUCUCGGCUCACUGCAAGCUCCGCCUCCCGGGUUCACGCCAUUCUCCUGCCUCAGCCUCUCCGAGUAGCUGGGACUACAGGCGCCCGCCACCACGCCCGGCUAAUUUUUUUUUGUAUUUUUAGUAGAGACGGGGUUUCACCGUGGUCUCGAUCUCCUGACCUCAUGAUCCGCCCGCCUCGGCCUCCCAAAGUGCUGGGAUUACAAGCGUGAGCCACCGCGCCCGGCCUUAUAAAAAUAUUUUUUAAAUUAGCUAGGCAUGGUGAUGUGCACCUGUGGUCCCCGCUACUUGGGAGCCUGAGGCAGGAGAAUCGCUUGAACCUUGGAGGUUGUGGCUGCAGUGAGCCCUGAUCGCACCACUAUACCCCAGCUCGGGUAACAGAGCAAGACCGUCUCAAGGAAAAAAAAAUCAUCUGGCCCAUCCUGUUACUUAACAGAGAAGGUACCCGAGGCUCAAAAAGGAUGACUGACAGUCCUAGUGGCAGAAUGGAGGUGGGAGCUGGAACCCAGAACUUGAUUCCUAGGCCAGGACUCUUUUUUUUUUUUUAAUCCCCACAUUGGCCGGGUGUGGUGGCUCACGCCUGUAAUCCCAGCAUUUUGGGAAGCCGAGGUGGAUGGAUCACCUAAGGUCAGGAGUUCCAGACCAGCCUGACCAACAUGGUGAAACCCUGUCUGUACUAAAAAUACAAAAAUUAGCCAGGCAUGGUGGCCCAUUUCCUGUAAUCCCAGCUACUCAGGAGGCUGAGGCAGAAUCGCUUGAACCUGGGAGGCAGAGGUUGCAGGGAGCUGAGAUGGCGCCACUGCACUGCUCAGGCUGGAGCCUGAGCAACAGAGUGAGACUCCGUCUCAAAAAAAAAAAAAAAAAAAUUAGCCAGGCAUCGUGGCGCAUGCCUGUAAUCCCAGCUCCUUGGGAGGCUGAGUGGGGAGGAUCACUUGAGCCCAAGAGGCAGAGGUUGCAAUGACCCGAGAUCAUGCCACUGCACUCCAGCCUGGGCAACAGAGACUCUGUUUCAAAAAGAAAAAAAAAAAAAUCUCCACAUUUAAUUUCAUUUAAUUUCCAGUCCAUACAGUUCUAUUCCUGCUAGGGUUGUAACUCCAGCUGAAGGCACCAUAGCUCUCACUCAAGGAGUUUCUGUGGCCAUGGGAAGGUGUUGCAUUCACGGCUACUUCAGACCACCACGUGACAUUCCUGCAGGCUGUGCCCCUCACAGCCGGCUUCAUCCUUUGGCUCCUCCUAGACCAGGGCUUUGUCUUGCCUGCCUGCUGCCACUGCACUCUCUGUUCCGGCCACAGCACACUGUGCAGUCCCCUGGUAGGACUUGGGCUAGGCUGGCUCUCCUGUCCAAAUGCCUUUUGCUCCCUUUGCUUAUGUGUCUGUGGCUGCCCAGCUCCCACUGUGUCUGGUGCACACCCACCCUGACAUCCGUUUUUAUGCCUCAGCUGUGAUCUAGAUAGAUGCUUACAGUAACCCCCCUGUAUUAUUUAUUCACUUGUACUUUCUGUUCACGUGUCUGCCUACAGGCUCCCACUUUUUGUCACUUUUUCUCUUUAUACAUUAUGGAAGCUCAGUAAUUAUUAAAUAGAUGAAUGAUGUUUUAAAAAUAUAUUUUAAAAAAAGCAAA